AUGCCCCUUAACACUCUGCGGCUUAAUCACCAGAAAUCCUCCCAUCCUAAUGACAGAAUCGUCUUCAUCAAACCACUUCCACGGCCGUCAUCGGAUCGGGCAUCCUACGACCUUGCCGAUACAUUCCUGCGAGCCAUCGCCGCACAAUGCCUUCCUCUCAUGAAGAACCACUAUCUCUCUGUCACCACAUUAGAAGAGUACGAGCCAAACCCAGAAUUCAUCGGUCGCAAUUUCAACAACGGCGAGAUCAUACAGUUGGUGCUUCAGAGCAAGAGUGGCGGCUGGGUGCCUUUCAACAUGGUUCAAAUGGUCAUGAUGCACGAGUUGGCCCAUAACACCCAUAUGAAUCACGGGCGAGAUUUCUGGAAGACAAGGAAUCUCUACGCGGCAGAAAUGAAAGGCUUAUGGGAAAGAGGCUAUACAGGUGAAGGGUUCUGGGGCAGUGGCCGGAUGUUGAGAGACAUGGGCACUGUCAUGGGUAACAACAUUUUACGCAGUGAGGAGUUGGAAGGGUUGCCACUUUGCGGAGGUACAUAUCGAAGUCGCAACAGAAAACGCAAGGCCCGACAAGACAAGCCAGAAUUAACGUGGAAGGAGAAGAGAGACCGGCGGAUCGAAAAGAAGUUCGGCAAAAAUGGCGUGGCGCUCGGCGAGGAUGAGAACGCGCGAUUGAGCCUUGAGAUCAACCGCAAGGGCCCUGUCGGCAACAAGCCCCGAGUCGCUCAGAGCAAACGAGGCCGGGAAUUGAGAGCCGCCGCAGCAUUGGCCCGGUUUGAGACCAACAAGAAGGAGGUCGAAGAUCUUCAACUCGCCGGAGUAGAGGGUACCGAGGAAAUCGAGGACGGUGACAACUACGAAGAUGCGGAUGCCGACCAAGAAGACGCCAGGGACGUCAAUGGCCGGAAAAUGCUAGACAGCGAAGGCCGUGGUAUGAUCCGAGUGUGCAGCAAUGAAGACACAGAAGACGUCAAUGUUCAACGCGAGCUACGAGACCUGAGUACACUCGAUCGUUAUUUCAAAUCAUUUCAAAUCGACAAGGAAUCUAAUGAUACCCAGGCCAACAGGUCGGACUCUGCGAACAAAACCGCCGCACAACCGAAGUCCAGGCAGACUACAACGUCCGCGCCUCUGGGUUCGAAAACUAGCCAGUCCGCCCUAGGCCCCGGAUCAGCAAAAGAACCGUCAUUCACCUCAGGCACAGGCUCAUCCUCAUCCUUGUCACGGCCCCCCACAGUACCCUGCCCGAUCUGCUCACUUGAGAAUCCUCGCCUCAAUGCGACUUGCAUGGCUUGUUCUCAUGUCUUGGAUAUAAGAAAAGACCCACGACACUGGUCGUGUCAGAGCGAGGCAUGCAAGGAGAGUCAGAGCGCGUAUUUGAACGCUGGAGACACGGUUGUUUGUGGGAUAUGUGGAACGAAGAAGGGUGGAUGA